AUAAAUACACCAUACACACGUCCACAUUGAUCCAUUACAUCCCAAUUAUCUCAUCACAACACUUUAUUCAGAUCUUGUUACCAUACAUACACAUACAAAUACACCCGUGUGUUGUAGAUUCACAAAGUAACAUGAACUCAAUUAAUCGGUCUGUAUCGAAGAGAAGAUCUAGAGAGAUCUCAAUCGACGACGACAGAUCCAAUCUUAUUAUUGCGAAGAAAAACAAAAACAAAAACACGAACAAAAAGAAGAAGAUUGUGAAUCACAAAACUCAAAGAGAGUACAGGUUAUUGAGAUUUGAUGAACUACCGGAGUACAUGAAGGAUAACGAAUUCAUUUUGAAUCAUUAUAGAGCUGAUUGGCCUUUGAAACAAGCAAUAUUCAGUCUGUUUCGUUGGCAUAAUGAAACUCUAAAUGUAUGGACGCAUUUAAUUGGAUUUGUUGUAUUCUUGGGAUUGACCAUUACAAACUUGAUGGAUGUUCCUCAAGUUUCAGAAUUCCUCAAUUUUUUAACUUGGUCUUUCCCAUUAAGCCCAGGUGGAAAUGCCUCACAUAAUUCAAUUAUGGAUACACCAAAACUCAUUGAUUUAAAGCACGAAUCAGCCGUAGAUAUGGAGAUCGGACCGCCACUAAUGGUGGUCACACGAUGGCCGUUCUUCGUGUUCUUGGGCGGAUCAAUGUUCUGCCUCCUCUCCAGUAGCACCUGCCACCUGCUGAGCUGUCACUCACACCACCUAAACUUCCUACUCCUUCAAAUGGAUUAUGUUGGCAUCACCACCAUGAUCAUCACCUCAUUCUUCCCACCAAUCUACUACAUUUUCCAAUGCGAACCCGUGUGGCAAUUCGUCUACCUAGGUGGCAUCACAAUCAUGGGCGCUUUCACUGUUAUAACCCUACUGUCACCCGCCCUGUCUAGUGGAAAGUUUCGUUCUUUUCGAGCUUUUCUCUUCAUGGGAAUGGGCCUUUUUGGGCUCAUACCAGCGGUUCAUGCUGUGAUGGUCAACUGGCAUGAACCGCAGAGGAAUGGAAUCUUGGCCUAUGAAACAACUAUGGCCGUUUCAUAUUUGACGGGUACUAUGUUUUAUAUUACUAGGAUCCCAGAAAGAUGGAAGCCCGGUUGGUUCGAUCUUGCGGGCCAUAGCCAUCAGAUCUUUCAUUGUUUUGUGAUCAUGGGUGCAAUGGCUCAUUAUGGUGCUGCACUUGUGUUUCUAGAGUAUAGAAGCCGAGUGGGUUGCUAGUGAUGUCAAAUUGUUUAGGUCCUACUUGUUUUGAUCGGUUAAUAUUUUAGAUUUCUUGGCCCAUUUUUAUGUUAAGUUGUAGAAUGAAAAUGUGAUUGUGAGCCCAGCCCUUUGUUGUGAAAGUGGGCCUAGUUAUUAUUAGCAGUAGUAGUAUUUUAUUAUCAAAUAUGUUUUUCUUUACCAUUUUGCCACAAAUUUGUUGUUGGUAAAAUUGUUGUAAAAUGGCAAGUAUAAAACUAAAAGUUGUAACUGUUGUUAUGCAAGUGUAAAUCAAAUAAUUGUUAUAGAAUUACUAGUAGUGUAUAUGGUUAAUUAUAGGGAUAUUUAAUACAAA